CCUCUGCAGUAACGCUGACAGGGCUGUAUGAAGCUGAAACUCUGCUCAGCGGAAGGUGGUCAGGGUUUAUCUUCUGAUAUAAAGUAAAUACUUUUCCUCUCUACGGCCUGGAAAACGGGACUUUGACACCAUGAGUACCAUGUUCGCAGACACCAUUUUGAUCGUCUUCAUCUCAAUUUGUACAGCGUUGUUAGCCGAAGGGAUUACCUGGGUUUUAGUGUAUCGGACUGAAAAGUACAAGAGGCUAAAGGCUGAAGUGGAAAAGCAAAGCAAAAAACUUGAGAAGAAAAAGGAAACCAUAACUGAAUCUGCUGGACGCCAACAAAAGAAGAAGAUUGAAAGGCAAGAGGAGAAGCUGAAGAACAACAACAGAGACCUGUCUAUGGUACGGAUGAAAUCCAUGUUCGCCAUUGGUUUCUGCUUCACAGCUCUCAUGGGCAUGUUCAACUCCAUUUUCGAUGGAAGAGUUGUGGCCAAAUUGCCAUUUGUGCCACUGUCGUAUAUCCAGGGACUGUCACACCGCAACCUGCUGGGCGAGGAUUACACCGACUGCUCCUUUAUUUUCCUCUAUAUCCUCUGCACCAUGUCCAUCAGACAGAACAUUCAGAAGAUGCUCGGUCUUGCACCCUCCAGAGCUGCAACCAAACAGGCUGGAGGCUUUUUAGGACCUCCUCCACAAGCAGCUAAGUUUUCUUAAUCAGCAGCCCAGACGUUCCUGCACUGCUGCCUGCAGUCAUAGCGCCCCCACCAGCGCACAGACAGAACUGCUCCUGCUGAGGUUAAAAGUCUUACCCGUUGCAGCUACAGUACCACUACUUUGUUUGAUUUCUUAUUCAUUUUGUUGUUUAUUUAACAUUAAACAUUAUAACUGUUUUGGUUAGAAAUUAUAGGAAAAUUAUAGUUCAUUCUGUUGAUUAUUAAAGGUUACAAAUGUCAGCUGUGCAUUUAGCAAAAUUCAUGGAGUGUUUGGAGAUUUUAAAUUAACGAUUGACACAGUAACAUCUGAUCCAGUUUCAGUAUUAUUGUAUGUCAUUGUGUACUGUUGUGUCAUGCAUAUUAAUAAAGUUUUAUGAUUAGAUUUCA